AUGAAGCUCUCCAUCAUUGACCAUAUCUUUCUUCUGAGCACAUUUCUCUCGGCCACAGCAAGCCCAACUUCCACCUCACAUGUCUCCAUCUCUGUCAACCCGAAGACCCAAUUUCAAGAGAUAGACGGCUUUGGAGCGUCGCAAGCCUUUCAACGCGCCGAAGAUAUCUUUGGCAAAUAUGGUCUCCCCAAGGUCAACCAAACCCUCGUUCUGAAUCUUCUUUACGAUGAGGAGGCCGGUGCGGGAUUCACGAUCUUGCGCAAUGGCAUUGGCUCGAGCAACACUUCUACAAGCAAUCUCAUGAACUCCAUUGAGCCUACCAAUCCCGGAAGCCCAAGUGCAAAGCCCGAUUACGUGUGGGACGGUUACAACAGUGGGCAAUUCCCACUAGCACAACAAGCCUACUCCCGCGGCUUACAGACAUUGUACGCAAAUGCCUGGUCGGCGCCCGGGUACAUGAAAACGAACGAUGACGAGAACAACGGUGGAUACCUGUGUGGCGUAACAAACGAGCACUGCUCAACUGGCAAUUGGAUGCAAGCAUAUGCGAACUAUCUUGUUCAGUAUGUGCGGUUCUACAAGGAGUCCGGUGUUGACGUGACACAUCUGGGAUUCUUGAACGAGCCGCAGUUUGCAGCUACUUACGCUGGUAUGCUCUCCAAUGGUACCCAAGCCGCAGACUUCAUCCGCAUUCUGGCCAAAACGAUCAAGGCGUCUAAACUCGACGUGGAGAUUACGUGUUGUGAUGGUAUCGGGUGGGAUGAUCAGGAAGCUAUGAUGGCUGGUCUCGAAGCUGGUCCGGACCCAGCGAUCAACUACCUCGAUAUCGUGACCGGUCACGGAUACGAUUCUGCACCCACGUACGCGCUGAGCACCAAGAAGAAGACCUGGCUUACCGAGUGGGCUGAUCUCACUGGUGACUACACCCCAUACACAUUCUAUGAGAACGGUGGACCCGGCGAAGGGAUGACAUGGGCAAACCACAUCCAAGUCGCACUGAGAGACGCAGGGACAAGCGCAUUCCUGUACUGGAUUGGAGCCGAAAAUUCGACAACAAACAGUGCGCUCAUCAAUCUCAUUGAUACAGAGGUCAUUCCUUCGAAGCGGUUCUGGGCUUUUGCACAAUUCAGCAAGUUUGUGCGACCUGGGUCUCGUCGGAUUCAAGCCACUAGUUCCAGUGCCAAUGUCACGGUGAGCUCAUUUGAGAACAAGAGUGGCAAGAUCGCCACGCAGUUGCUUAACCAGCUUGAUAGCGAGGUUGAUGUUAGUGUGCAGAUUUCCGGGGUUAAGGCUGGUGUUACUGUAACGCCUUAUAUUACCAACAAUGAUUAUGACUUGGAGGCUCUGACACAUAUCAAGGCGGGCAGCGGUGGGUUGUUCAAGGCUCAGAUACCUGCCAAAUCCAUGGUCACCUUUGUCACUGCUUAG